AUGCUGAGUGCAGCAGAAGGCAUCCUCCUUUUUAUUGCCACUAGUGAGGCUGUGCUGGGUGUUUUAGGGAACGCAUUCAUUGCACUUGUGAACUGCAUGGACUAUGCCAGGAGCAAGAAGAUCUCUAAGAUUGGCUUCAUUCUCACUGGCUUGGCAACUUCCAGGAUUUGCCUUAUGUGAAUAAUAACUUUUGAUACAUAUGUAAAGUUAUUCUCUAUACCUACACUUACCUAUGGCAACCUGUAUGAAUAUGUCAGUUACCUAUGGGUAACUAUGAAUCACUUGAGUGUCUGGUUUGCUACCAGCCUCAGCAUCUUCUAUUUCCUGAAGAUAGCAAAUUUUUCUCACUAUGUAUUUACCUGGCUGAAGAGGAGAGCUGAUAGAGUUUUUAUUAUUCUGGUAGGAUGCCUUUUUGUCUCAUUGUGUAUUGCUAUUGCACAGAUUGUGAAGAUGAUUAAUGAUAUUAAAAUGCAAUACAGAAAUGUCUCCUGGCAGGUUCACCUGGAGGUAAAGGAUUUAUUUAUUAGCCAUGGCAUUUUUCAAUUUGGCAUUCUUUUCUUCUUUAUGAUAGCUGUUAUUACAUGUCUCCUGAUAAUCAUUUCUCUUUGGAGACACAACAAGCAGAUGCAAUCGAAUGUCUCAGGAUUCCGAGACCUCAAUACAGAAGCUCAUAUGAAAGCCAUGAAAGUUUUAAUUUCUUUUACCGUCCUCUUUAUCUUGUAUUUUGUAGGUUUGGUCAUAGAAAUGCUGUGCUUUUCGUUGCAAGAAGGAAAACAGCUAUUAGUUCUCGGUGUGAUAAUUGUACUCAUGUAUCCAUGCUGUCAUUCAUUUAUUCUAAUUCUAGCAAACAACCAGCUGAAGAAAGGUUCCUUGAAGUUUCUGCAGCAAUUAAAGUGCUGUGACAAAGGAGAGCUCAGAGGCACGUAA